AUGCGAAGAUCAGCUGAGCAGCUUACUUCCUUGCUGGCAUUUGUUGUUUCUUUUACUGUCUGUGGUUUUUUCAGACAGGAGGAGAAAUAUUCGGUCAGUCCGAAGACUGACGCACAUUUUUGCCUUUAUUGAUGUGAAAUUAUAAAAUCUUAAGGUGAGAACAGCUAUUACUUGUUUCUUGAGCAUACAGACUCGAUCUGUCCAGUUUUUGUGAACAGCAUCUAAGCAGUCGCGAACUUGUAGGCUAGUCGGCGUUAUUUGUAUGUUACCGAAGCGAGCGAGCUGACUGGAUUGGAAAACAUCACUGUGUGUAUGUUGAUCUAGUGGCUACCAACACUACAUUCAUGAAUACUUCGGACAGCGAAGAAGAGGUCUGCAAUGAACGGACAGCCUUGGUCCAGCCCGAGAGUCCGUCCGUACCGAACUACAACCGAGACCCUGACAUGAACCUUCCUCAGGAUGGAGAACCUAAGAGGCGGCGAGUGGCGCGGACGCCAAGUCCGUCCAGACGACCGGCGCGGCCCGUGUCUGGUCGUGAGUCGUCGACGGAGACAGACGAGGAGGAGCUGACACUGAAGUACGGGGCCAAGCAUGUCAUCAUGCUCUUUGUGCCAGUCACACUGUGCAUGGUGGUCGUCGUGGCCACCAUCAAGUCUGUCAGCUUCUACACGGAAAAGAACGGCCAGCAGCUCAUCUACACGCCCUUCACCGAGGACACGCCCUCCGUGGGCCGCCGCCUCCUCAACUCCGUGCUGAACACCAUGAUCAUGAUCAGCGUCAUCGUGGUCAUGACCAUCUUCCUUGUGGUGCUCUACAAGUACCGCUGUUACAAGUUUAUCCAUGGCUGGCUGAUCCUUUCCUCCCUCAUGCUGCUCUUCUGGUUCAGCUUCAUGUACCUGGGCGAGUUGUUCAAGACGUACAACGUGGCCAUGGACUACCCGACGCUGGUGAUGAUCAUCUGGAACUUUGGGGCGGUGGGGAUGGUGUGCAUCCACUGGAAGGGGCCCCUGCAGCUGCAGCAGGCCUACCUCAUCAUCAUCAGCGCACUCAUGGCCCUCAUCUUCAUCAAGUUCCUGCCCGAGUGGUCCGCAUGGGUCAUCCUGGGGGCCAUCUCCAUCUACGAUUUAAUUGCUGUGCUGUGUCCGAAGGGUCCUCUGAGAAUGCUGGUGGAAACGGCCCAGGAGAGGAACGAGCCCAUUUUCCCUGCUCUCAUAUACUCCUCCGCCAUGGUCUGGAUGGUGGGGAUGGCCAAUCCACCUACUGCAGCGGAGCAAGUGUAUCAUGACUCUGAUGACGAAAUGCAUCAGAGUGAUGGAGGAAUCCUUGAACAGGAAGGGGCGGGCAGAGAGAGCCCGUCACUCAGAGGAGUGGGAAGGAGCUACUCGGCAGAGGAGGAAAUGGAGGAAGACCGGGGCGUGAAGCUGGGUCUGGGGGACUUCAUCUUCUACAGCGUGCUGGUGGGGAAGGCGGCGGCCACCGGGGGGGACUGGAACACCACGCUGGCCUGCUUCGUGGCCAUCCUGAUCGGCCUUUGUCUGACCCUCUUGCUGCUGGCCAUCUUUAAGAAGGCCCUGCCCGCGCUACCCAUCUCCAUCACCUUCGGCCUGGUCUUCUACUUCUCCACCGACAACCUGGUGAGGCCCUUCAUGGACAGCCUCGCCGCUCAUCAGUUCUAUAUAUGACCUAUGACCCUCCCCCCCCCUCACCCAUCCCAAAGGUCAAUAGUGUGGGUGCUGUAUGGGACUGGGACGGGUUCUGGAUCACCCAAAGAGUCCUUGCGAGGCCCUGCUGUUGUCUCAUGGCUUGACGUGACUUUUUUUUCUUUCUUUUCAUUUUUUUUUCCCCUCUGUUGCCGUGACUUCAUCUUUCUUUUUUGCUUUUCCCUCCCCCAUUGACUUGUGGCAUUUCCUUUUUUUAUUAUUAUUAUGUGAAGUUUCUGGCACUUUACAAGGCCUGAGAAAAGGAAUCGUUUUGGUGUUGAGCACUGCUGUGAUUUCUUUCUUUCUUGGAAAAAAACAAGCAAACAAACAAAAAAAUGGUGCCAUAUAUUCUCACUUUUCUUCUUUAUCAGAUCGAAUGAGUCUUCUGAUUGUCUGGUGUAGCUGCAACGCGUACAGCAAAGUUCUUUCGGUGUUACUGCAUACGCAACCUAACAGUCUCGCUUGCCAAUGCUGUAAAUGGAUUGUGACACAAUGUGAUCUUCAACUUUCCAAGCCAUGAAAUCCCUCCUCUAUCUCUCCUUGGGGGCAAAAGAAAAAAAAACAGAACCUUCUCUUUAAGAGAAACCGUUUUUUUUUUUUUUUUUUUCCUUAUAAAUUUUAAACUCAGAGAAUCUCAACCUCCUUUAGGCACCUUGUCAUGUCACUCUAACUGUAAGAUUAGUGACUAGUAGGAAUUUACUACUUGAUUGAAAUACUAAAAAAAAAACACUUUAGACCACUGCAACAUUAUGCCAUAGAAAACGUCUCAUGCUGACAAAUAUAUUCAGUGCAACAACUGAAUGUCUACAACAACACAACGGCUCAGACUGCCAAGAUAUUAAACUAUUCUCAGUAUAUGUACGUAUAGGGUUGACUAGUGUAUUUUGCCUAACAUUUCAAUACCCUUUUAAUCAAAAACCUCACAGGGCUCCAAUAAUAGUGGCUACAAACUUUAGCCACUGUUAUCCAUUCCCCUAAUAAUCACUGCGGAAAACCAUGUCCUGAAGGCCAUAUCCCUUAAUUGUAAGCAUACCAAACAGCAACAAAGACACUAUGUAACUUAAUUCUUGACUUUGUCAGUUUUGUUUUAUCAAGACCCAUCGCAUUUGACCAGUAUAAUAUUCAAUAUCAAUGACAUUGUAAUAUAAAACGCCCUUUUCUUGAAGGUUUUUUUUUUUUGCUUAAUUAUUUUUCAGUACUACUUUCAACAUUAAUUUCUCAUUUUCAGGUUUGCUGCUGAAAAAAACUCUUAAUUAAAGGCUAAAGGGUAAUAAGCUAACAGGAAAGUCUGGUCAGGUUUUGUCUGCAUCUGAAAGAAACUGUGACGAGGGUACCGCUUAAUCUUAUGAGUGGCAAGCUACUGUUUGAACAGAGUGCUUUAACUUAAGAGUAUGUAGACUUUGUAUUGAAGAAGAAUUAUAUAUAUAUAUUUUAUAGAAUGUAAUACAAAAAGGUGUAAUAUUUUAAUUGAUUUUAUAUCCAAACACUUGUUGCAAAUGAAGUGUCCCUGCAUAGGGAGUUCCUUUUUUUUGUUUUUGGUCUGUCUUGUAAUGAUGUCAGUGUUACAUGGUGGAAUAAAUUGUAAACUCUA